AUGGACGGAGCUAUUUGGGAAGAUUAUUUCGGCCUAGCCUCGAAAGACAGACGGCGCUCGGUGGCAAGUGGUUUCAAUGGACGCUCCAUUGGACUCGUUCUGGGCGCAGAGUUUGGGCUUGAUGCCUACGCUGGAUUCCGACGUCACAGAGCGCACCGCUACCGCGUGGACAUGGAUCAUCAAUACCUCCUUUCCCCUCAUGUGGAUGCGUCGCCAUCACCCGUCAGCGAUGUGCCAUCGCCCGUCAGCGACGUAUCUCCCCUUGAACCCAAGCACAAAGCGAUCAUUAUCUUCUUCAAAUACUUUGUCGAUGUGGCCACCACGAAAGCCAGCACAAGCACUGCUGAAAUCGAGCGCCUCCUGCCUGAAUCUUCGGCUGCCGCCAGCGAGUUUCUCAAGCGACUAUACAAUGUCGAGGUUCGAGCAAGUUCCAUCGACACAUACUGGCGUCAAGCCAAGGAAAAUGCCGUAGAGCGUAACAUCACUUGGGACGAGAACGCUGUGGCUCAGAUCAUUAGCAGCCAAGUGAAGGAUGACGAUACAUUUGACGAGGUCAAUUCUUUCCUGCAACACCAUGCUGGUGACGAACGCCUCUCCGAAACGACAGAGUGGAUAAUAUCGAAGGCAUGGCAAGCCUUAUCCGAUCCGCAGGGCAACGUCCCCUUGCGAACCUACUGGAAGGAGAUCAACCGAGGCCGACGCGGUCCUCCUAGCAUUCCAGAUCCCCCACUGGAGCAGGUGUCUGACGAAUCUCCAACCCCUCUGGUCAUUCCUUCCAGUCUCCUUCAACGCGACGCCGAUCGCGCUCUCGAGAAUGGUCGCUCUGGAGACGCAGACUGA